AUGGUCGAAAGCCAGAAAAUCCCCGGAGUCGACCUCGGGGCCACCACCGAGCCUCAAGUCGUCCGCAUCCUCGUGAAGGCGCCCUGGCAGAAGGAAGAGUUCCUCGUCCACCAGGACAUGCUUGUCAGAGAGUUUAAGGAACACGUCGGCCGGCAUUUUGCCUCUUCCCCUGACCGGGUCGUGCUGGUGUACGCCGGAAGGAUCCUGAAGGACCACAAGACCCUUGGCCAGCACAGGAUCCACCUGGACGAGGACGCCACCGUCUACGUGGUCAUCCACCGGAUGCCUCGACCCCGGCACGCUUCGGCAGUCCUGACCCACUCCGCCCAGGAUCAGAAGCCCCUUCUGCGUCAUCCUUUCGCCAGCGACGGCCUUCGGGAGCUGACGGCCAGCCUGGGCCUCCACACGGCCAAUUUCACGGAGUUCCAGACCCACCUCAUGUCCAACCCGGACCUGAUGCUCCAGCUCCUGGAGAACCCCUCCAUCCAGAGCAAACUCUCCAGCCCGGACCUGAUGAAGGAGCUGGUCACCAACAACCCCCAGGUGCAGCAGGUGAUACAGAAAGCCCCCGAGAUCAGCCGCGUCUUCAACUCCCCGGAGGGCAUGAAGCUGGUCGUGGAGCUGGCCAGGAACCCAGCGGCCCUGCGGGAAAUCAUCAAGCCUCCGCCUCAGACCUUGAGUUUCCCCAGCGGAGACGGCAGCGGCUCCCUGCAGGGCCCUUUUGUCGAGCUGCUGCAGAAAGGCCUUCCGAAAAAGCUGCUGGUGCUCCCCACGGGGGGCCACCCACCCACCCACCCCAGUAUCCGGCCUCCGAGGCAGGUUGCCCAGAGCAUGGCCGCCGGCAGCAGUGACCAAAGCCACGGGGAAAGCAGGGCAAGGAAGGAAGAAACCGGCCAGCUGGUCUCCACCACCGUGAAGAACCUCCUCCAUCAAAUCAUACGGCACCUUCUGGAGAGCGUCGCCGGCAACCCCAGCAGGAGCGUCGCCGGGCAGGGGCUCGGCCACGCCCCAGAGCUGGUGGCCAAGAUGAUCCGAAAGAACACCGCGGUGCCCAGGAACGUCCGAGAGCAGGCCGCCACGCAUGUCCCGGCGCUCCUGCAGCAGAUUCAGAGCACGGACGUCUUCUGGGCAAACUGGACCCCCAAGGAGAUCCAGGGGCUGCUGGAAAUUCAGCAGCGGCUGCAGGCCCUCGCCGCGGAUGAGCCGGCCAAGAAGCCCACCGCGCCGCCAGCGCGGAGGGCCCACUCCAACACCUCUCUCUGCGAUGCGGCCCCUCCUGCCUCUCGGGUGGGGCAUCAGGGCUUCUCCUCCACCCAGCAGCUCCUGCAGGUGCUGGCGGGGGCGGAUUGGGUGGCCGGCACCAAGCCCGUCAGCAGCCUGCGGGGCUCCUCGGCCCAGCCCCCCACCAAGCAACAGCGGCCGUACCAGCUCUGA